AUGCCCCGACUAGAAGGCAUGUAUGCUCCUGGGAAUGAAUGCGCUCACCUGCUACCCCCAGCCGGCUUUCCUCUACCCUUUCCUUCUGAUGUGUUCCAGUUUAACCGGGUGGCGCCGUACUACCCGCCAGACCCUUGUAUCAGGCCUAAUGAGGGGGAUCUGACGUGCCCAAUGUCAUGUCCCCCUCAACCUGUAAAUCACCCAUGCAUGCCUCCUGCUGGGACAGACACCCGACUGCUCAGUGACGUGUUUCGGUUCCACAAGGUGUACCCGUCCACCGGUUGUAAUCCGUGUAAGCAAGCUCACCCUCCUACAUGUUCAUGCACAACUGGACCAUUCUUCAAGUAUAAGCUACACGAACACGAUCGGAUGGCAAACAAUAGUGUUCCUGGCUUUAAUAUGUCGUCAACAGGACCAUAUAAUAACCACAUGGUUAGCAACGUCUCUAAGUGUAUGAAUGCUUCCAUGUACAACAACACAUCCACCUCAUCCGUUUCUAGCAGCCAGAAGCUUUGCAGAAGUCAAUGCUUCCCUGAUCCGUGUGCAGUUACAGGCAACAUGCAUUACAACAGCCUGGGAUAUUCCACAGACAGAAGUUGUACCCAACUGCCCGUUCAAAGGGCCGAUAAAGUGGUCGAUUUCAGCGCCCCAUGCCCUCACUGUCCCCACCACUAUUACCCAUCAUGCUAUGUGUGCAGGCCAGUUUACAACCGCAAAUACCUCCUGGAUUGUCCAGAACAGGACGGCCCUCCAGCGGAUACUUACACUUUCUUGUAA